AUGGCUCCUGGAAAUGGUUCUUUUUUGACAGAAUUUAUUUUGGUGGGAUUAACAGAUCUUCCUGUUCUUCAACUCCCUUUCUUCCUGUUUCUAAUAAUGUAUAUGGUCACUGUGUUAGGAAACUUGGGCUUGAUAAUUUUAAUUGGGCUGAGUUCACACCUACAUACCCCCAUGUACUUUUUCCUCUUUAAUUUGUCUUUCAUAGAUUUCUUUUAUUCUUCUGUUUUUACACCCAAAAUGCUAAUUAACUUCAUAUCCAAGAAGAAUAUUAUUUCCUACACUGGCUGCAUGGCCCAGUUUUACUUUUUGAGUUUUUUUGGUAUUUCUGAAUGCUAUGUGCUGACAGCAUUGGCAUAUGAUCUCUAUGUGGCCAUCUGUAAACCACUUUUGUAUAACAUUGCCAUGUCCCCUAAAGUGUGUUCCAGCCUUAUGCUUGGUUCAUACUUAAUGGCAUUUUCUGGUGCCAUGGCUCACACUGGAUGCAUGCUAAGACUGACCUUCUGUGAUGCAAACACCGUCAACCAUUAUUUCUGUGACUUUCUCCCUCUGCUUCAGCUCUCCUGCACGAGCACCUAUGUCAAUGAGCUGGUUGUUUUUAUUGUGGUGGGCAUCAACGUCAUUGUGCCCAGUCUCACCAUCUUUAUCUCUUAUGGUUUCAUUCUCUCCAGCAUCCUCCGCAUCAGCUCCACAGAGGGCAGGUCCAAAGCCUUCAGUACCUGCAGUUCCCACAUAAUUGCUGUUUCUCUGUUCUUUGGAUCAAGUGCAUUUACGUAUCUCAAACCAUCUUCUUCUGUGUCUAUGGAUGAGGGAAAAAUCUCUUCUGUCUUUUACACCAAUACAGUUCCCUUGAUGAACCCCUUAAUUUAUAGCUUGAGGAAUAAAGAUGUUAAACUUGCUCUGAGAAAAAUUCUGAGUAGGAGAAAGUUUUGA